AUGAGGAAGAGAAACCUCCCACAAGGUGAUGACAGUCCCGCUGGACCAUAUUGUGUGACGAACAGGCCUAGCAUGAGAGACAAGGAGACACUCCUGGCAGACGUAUCGUGGUUACAUUCCAAGCUCGGGUUCAAAGUCGAGAAGCUGACGUCAAAGGCAGAUGAGACAACCAUUCAGGGUUCUUCCAUCCCGCUCAUUCUACCAAACGACAUGAAGUACAACGCGUCCACCGGUGCAGUACAGAAGAUUCAGGAUGCCCAACGGACAAGCCUGCAAAUCGUUCAGGAGGCCCUGGCUCUACUGGAGGGGAUCGAGGAGCCAGUGAGUGUCCUGGCGAUCUGCGGGCCCUGUCGGACUGGGAAAAGCUACAUCCUAUCCAGGUUACUCGGUACUUCUGAUGCCUUUGAGCUGGGCCAUUUUGCGGACCCCCAGACGUUUGGUAUCUGGAUGGGCACCAAAGUGCUGCGGGGGAAGGACUUCACUAUCGUGCUGCUGGACACGGAAGGAAUAGACGCCCCAGCUGCUAGUGCUGUCCAGGACGCCUCUAUUCUGGUGCUGACCAUACUUCUGUCCUCCCGGGUCAUCUACAACUCACUCAACGUGCCAUGCAAGGGAGAUUUGGAAAAGAUGCAGUGCUUUAUCCAACUGGCUAAAGGGUUAACAGUCAAAAAAGGAGAGAAGAUACAAACGUCACUAUUCCAUGAGUUCUUCCCAGACUUCCUGUGGCUGUUACGUGACGCAUCUCUGAAGUUUCGGGAUAAGAACGGCAAAAACAUCACUCCUACCAAAUACCUGAUUACUGAGGUCCUGGAAAGUGACCCUGAUAAUUUUCCCGAGUCAACCAGUGACGCUGUAGGACGAGCAAUCCUCAAAUUCUUCCCAUCGGUUGAGUGUAAAACCUUGGAACGGCCUUCUGAGAAGAAGGAGGUGAUGAACAACAUAGCUCAACACACAGAGAAACUGAACCCCGAAUUCAACCAGGGUGUGGAAAACCUCACCGAGUGGCUGUUGCAGAAGUCACGUGCAAAAAAGGGCUUCGACAAGGUCUCAACUAUUAGUGGUUUAGCCCUCAGCAUCAUGGCCAAGCAGUAUGUGGAAGCGGUCAAUGACCCCAACUCCAUCCCUACUCUGGACAACACCUGGAAGAACACCAUAGAGGUCAUGCGGGUCAGGGCCAUUGAGGAGGCAGUCAAGGCGUACAAACAUCAGAUGCAUGCCAAGAUUGCUGCAGCCACCAACAAUGGAAAGGUUCCAUUGGAGGAAAGUGAAGAAACUGAACAACAUCUCAAACCCGUGACCCGGGGGCGUCGGAAACAAAAUACAAGGAGUCCUCCCAGCCAGCCUACCCUCAUGGACCUCCACAAGAAGGUGUUAAAUGACGUCACAGACAUAUUUCUGGAGAAGAUCGGCCAUUUUGGCAUCAGCUCAGGGGAUCAGUACAGGGAAAAUACGUUUGUGGUCGAGCAAAUGCAAAAACGCUUGGUUCAAAGGGAGGAGCGUUCAGUUGAUUACGUGGCAGCCGACGGCACGACCAGGAAGCAGGAGGGGUUCGUUGUUACCGGCGGGGAGCUUCUCCAGUACAUCCAGCAGAACAGAGAACUGUCCAAGAGUUUCUGCCAAGAUCUCUUCGAACAGUUGCCUCCAGCAAACUAUGACAUGAAGAAGCUGACUCGAGAUCUGACUGAUGCACGUCAGCAGUACGAGAAGCAGGCCCGUGGUCCAGAGAAGUGGGUCGUUCUGCAGGAGAUGAUCAAAGACUCAGGGAAGCUGAAGGACAGCCUGAAGAAGGUCAAGGGAUAUCAGACAGAGGUGAUUUACAUGGAUUGA